CUCCCUGUUGUUAAACACAAGCAGAAACAUGGCAAGAACCAAACAAACCGCCCGUAAAUCUACCGGAGGUAAAGCUCCCAGGAAGCAGCUGGCCACCAAGGCUGCGCGUAAGAGCGCGCCUGCCACCGGCGGCGUGAAGAAGCCUCACCGUUACAGGCCCGGUACCGUGGCUCUGCGAGAGAUCCGUCGCUACCAGAAGUCCACGGAGCUGCUGAUCCGCAAGCUGCCCUUCCAGCGCCUGGUGAGAGAGAUCGCUCAGGACUUCAAGACCGACCUGCGCUUCCAGAGCUCCGCUGUCAUGGCUCUGCAGGAGUCCAGCGAGGCUUACCUGGUCGGCCUGUUCGAGGACACCAACCUGUGCGCCAUCCACGCCAAGAGGGUCACCAUCAUGCCCAAGGACAUCCAGCUGGCCCGCCGCAUCCGUGGAGAGAGAGCUUAAACUCUGCUGCUGCUGCUCCAC